GCAGGGCGGAUGGGAGGGGCGCACCGGAGAUCGCAAUCUGUUGAUUUCGUAUCGCCGCGAUUUGCCCUUUUUAAAGGCGGACUUAAUCCUUUCUCCCCGAGGCCGCCCCUCGGCCAAGCAGGAGUGAGUGAGAGCCAGAAUCAGGGCGCGAGUGCCUUCUCCUCCCUCUCCUCUUCCGCCUCCCCUCGACCUCCGCCUAGUUGGGCCGCUGACUCGUCCCCUUCCCCCUCCUCUCAACGCCACUUUUCUCCCGGUUCGCACCCCCUCUCCUCGCCCUCCGCACACCCGCGCCCGCCCCGUCCCAACUCCCCCCUCCCCCCGUCCCCCCACUACUCUGCUGACGCUAUCCGGCUGAUUGCUUUGGGCGAGGGGGGGGGAGAUGCGGAGGGGAGAAGAGAGAGGGAUGGGGAGGGGAGCGGGAAGGGAAGCAGGGGAAACUGCAGCAGCAGUGGGCUUUUAUCGCCAGCAACGUCUGCAGCAGUAAGAGGAGGAAAAGGGGGAGGCGGAGGGGGAGAAAGCGCAGUAGCAAGAGGGGAGAAAGGGCACCGGAAGAAGGGAGGGUGGGCUAGUGCGUUCGCUAAGAGCAGCUCCUUCUCACCCUUCGGGCCUCCAAAGCUGGUUACCACGGGUAAGAUGCACAGAAGAAGCUCCUCCCUGAGCACCUUCUCCUCUAUAACGGAGCAGUCUAUAGCGGAGCACUGUGUGUUGGCGCAAGGAAACGCAGAGGGGCAAAGGGGUGGGUCGGAUGUAGGGGAGGGGUGGGACGAUAGAAGAGGGGGGUUGCGAAUCGGGGAGGGGAACAGCCCAGAGGCUAGUGACGGGGGGUUCAUCACUAAGGCUGGAAGCUACAACAGCAUAAGUAGGACUCUUAACAAAGAGUCAGAUGGGACUGGAGAGGCGCAGAGGCAGGGCGCAGGUCGGUUUUGGGGCAGGUGGGAGAGGAAGAAAGGCGGAGAAACAGGGGCCAGAAGCGGGGAAGGAGGAGCGGAACGCACGGGAGGAGCGGAAGGCAGGGGGGGCGGGCUGGGUGGAGGCAGGUGGUCCUCAUCAGCAGCGGGAGCAGGGACGAGGGGAGGCGAGGGGACUAACAGAGGCGAGGGGUCUAGCAGAGGCCCUCCUGGGGAGGGGAGGGGAGGUUCCCAGUCCCGUGAGGGGAGCUUCAAAGAGUCCCUGAGAGGGCGGUUCAGCCCGCCUCGGCUGCAGCUGGUGGACCCGGCUCUGCCUGAUGGGUUUGGUGGGAUGGGAGAGGUGGGAGACAUGGGGGAGGGGGAGGAUGAGCCUCUGCUGCUGCCGCUGUCGCCGACAGGCAUGCCUGUUGCUGGGCUUCCUCCCCAGCAGCACCAGCACCAGCAGCAGCAGGCUUCGCACCUGUGUGAGCAUGCGUUGUGUGCAGGGGCGGUGCUUGGGAGGGAUGCUGCUGACAGCCUUGGCACUGGCAUCACAGCGACCUCCCUACCCGCAACCCCCACACAGAGAGAAGCGCCACUAGGAGGAGGGGGAGGAGAAGGAGCAGACGGGCCGUCCAAAGAACAAGCGCUCCUUUCGUCGUCCCUGUCGUCACUAUCAACCCGUAAACCCUGGGGCAUUAUAUCGCAGAGCGCCUGUGCUGCUGCUGAUGCUGCAGGUACUGAGGAGGAGGGGUCCAUCUCUCCGCCCCCCCACCUUUUUGGCCUCUUUCUGGACCAUUCUGCCACUGCUUCCGCUCAACAAGUCUCGAGGUCGGGAAUGUUUAUGGGUAGCGCCGCUUCGGCUCUAUCUGCUGAUGCUGCUGCUGCCUCUGCUGCUGCUGGCCCGUCUGUUCCUCUGUCUCUCCACCUGAUCCCACCGCCAGGAGAAUCAGACAGCUUGGUCGACAGCCCGGCAGCUGGCCUUAGAGUCUCUGCAGCAGCCUCUUCAGGUGCUGCUGCUUCAGGUGCUGCUGCUUCAGGUGCCGCUGCUUCAGGUGGGGCAUCAGCUGUUGAUUCAGGUGCUCGUGAAUCAGGUGCUGAGUCGGGGAGAGGGAUAGGGUCAUGCACAAGCAGCACUGGCGAAUCAGGGAACAACAGCGUUGGAGCAGCACCAGGAUUGAUACCAGCAGCAGCAGCAGCAGCACCAGCAGCAGCUCCAGCAGCAGCAACAUCAGCAGCAGCAGCAGCAGCAACAGCAGUGGCAGCAGCAGAAAUUACUGUUCCCCGUUCUGUCUCCCGCUCUGCCCUUCGCCGCCCGUCUUCAGCACAAAGCCCGCUAGCCUCCAACAUGCGCCACCGCCGGGCGGCGUCAGAGGCCCGCGACUUCCUGCACGAGCUGGGGGCGCGCCGCCCGGCCUUCAUGAACAGUGCCGUGAAUAGUGGCUUGCGGGCGGCUCACCAUGGCAGGAGCGCGUCUGUAGCGGUCCUUUCAGGGGCGGUAGGCAACAGGCGCAUGGGAAUCGAGGAUGCAGCGAAGGGUGGUAAGGUUGCUGAUGGUGCUAGUGACAGUGAUAGCAUUGCUGCUGGUAGUGGGAGCGCUGGUUGGGAGAAGCUUCCAGGAAGCACCGGCAGUAGGGAUGAUGGCGGUGGUGGCACGAUCCAAGUGGCAACAGGACGGAGGACGCGGCUUGGGCGGCAUCGCUCGUCUGCUUCCUUGGAGAUGCCUCGCCGCCCGCUCACUGCUGAGGCGUGGCAGCAUGUGGGGGAGGUGGAUGAUGAGGUGGUAGGUCAGGAGCAGGUAUACCUGAUGCAGGUAGAACUGGAGCAGGCUCAGCUGCCUUGGGUUGAGACUGUACCAGGCCAGGAGCAACAGCAGCAACCGUGGCAGCAAAAGCAGCAGUAUCAGCAGCGCAAGAGCCAGCAGCAGCAGCAGCCAGAGCAGGAGUGGGAAGAACAGCAGCAGCAGGAACAGGCAGCGAGUGCAGGGUGGACGCAGAGUGUGGGAGAGAGCGAUUUGGAGGAGAGAGGUUUGCAGGGGCAAGCAGACGUGUGGGUGGCUGAGGAGGAAGAUGAGGAGGGAGAGGAGGGAGAGGAGGAGGGAGGGGAGGAGGGGCAAGAAGACAGGCUUGUUUUCAUGGACUAUUCAAGUGAGCUGGCUGCUUCUGAUGCCCGUGGAUGCAGUGGCAAGCCUUCCGAUGCACUUGCCGCUCGAUCCACGCCCCGUGAUAGCAACCCUCGGAACCCUCAUAGCCGAACUGCUGCCCGCCCCUCCUCUGCUUCCUCCUCCUCCGCCUCCUCCUCCUCUUCAAGGGGUCAUGACAGCUGGAACAGUGCCACUCUCCCGCAUUCUGCCGUCCCUGCUGCCUCUGCUUACUCUGCUUCUACUCAUCCCCUUUCUGCACUGCCUUACCAGAAGAAGCCCGUGCGUCCGUCAGUCUCCCGACCCUCCGCCGCCCGCUCCUCUGCUUCCCCCCAUGACAGCUGGAACAGUGCUGCCGCGUCUUUUUCUGCAGUCCAUCCCCGGAAUCCCACUAGCGCCUUCGUCUCCCGCCCCUCUGCUGCCUCCGCUGACCACGACAGCUGGAACACUGCCGCCCAGCCUGCUUCUGCAAUCCAUCCCCGGAAUUCGCCCAGUUCCUUGGCCUCCCGCCCCUCCGCUGCCGCCCAUGACAGCUGGAACGAUGCUGCUCUGCCGCCCGCUUUUGCCAUGAGCCAGCCAUUCUCAAGAACGGCCCUGCGCUCCCCCCCUUCCCUCCCCCACCGCACCAACCACCUCCCCCUCAGGUCUCCCCGCUUCCCCCUCCCCUCCCCUCGCCGCCCCUCCCCCUCCCGAGAAGCCCAGAAUCUCGCCCUGUCCGGCCGCCGCCCAGACAUGCACCUGAGAAUCCACCUGGGAGAAUCCGACCCAGAUUCAUGUGCGGAUCCUCUCCCUCUCGUGACACCUGGCCCUCCUUCGGCCUCCUCUGGUCCCUCUUCUGCUGCCUCCUGCCCUGCUGGCAACAGCAGCGGGCGCUGGGGGCAGUACCAAAGCCCCCGGUUACCCCCUCUCUUAAGCCCUCAUGUCGCCGCAAGCAGCCCAAGAUUCGAUCGGCUGUACGACCUUCCCCACGCUAAAAAGUCCCCUCUACCUAGAGACCUUGUGCCAGACCCCUGGGAUUCCCCCGAUCGCCCCCCCACGCACUUGGACCGAGGGCCGGCAUUACCUGCAGUGUCGGCUCACGGCCCUCCCCCUGGUUUACCUGCGAAUGUGCCUUGGGAAGACUCGGACCGGCAUACUGCUGCUUAUCUCUUGGACCGCCGCUCCGAGAAUCCUGCCUUUCCCUUUCCCGAGCAGCUGCUGCAGCCACCUUUGGAACGGCACUUUGACCGCCCCCAGACGGCCCCUGACCGCAGCCUGCCCCGCCGAGGCAGCCGCAACAGGCUUGGGGAGAGGCUCGGAGAGAGUGGGCGGUUUGGUCCGGGAAGGCUGCGGGAUUUAGAGGAACAGGAGGAGUGGAGGGAGGAGUGUGGGGAGGAGGGAUGGGAGGAUGGGAUGGGUGGUGGCGGUAGCAGCAGCAGCGGCACACCAGGGAGCGCUUAUAGCAGUGCGGGCAUGGCUCAUGGGUCAAGGAAAGGGGAGAGGCAAGGAGGCUAUGGCAACCGCCAGGGGAUGCGUUACACAGGUAGGUGGGCGGGCACUGGGUCGUUCCAGGAAAGGGGCGGUGUGGGGAUGGGCGGUGUGGGGAUGGGCGGUGUGGGGCUGGGCGGUGUGGGGAUGGGAGGUAUGGGGCUCGUGGGAAGACCAGAGGGGGGAAGGGGCAGGUACGGUGGGAAUGAGGGUGGGAGGGGCAGUGGGGGGAUGGGCGGAGGGAAGGGGAGCAGCAGCAGCAGCAGCAGCAGGGGGGGGGAAGAGCACGUGGUGCUGGUGGUGGUUUUGACGGUGGGAGCAAUGGGGAUUCAGAUGGUGAGGAGUGGUCCGAUGAGGAUGAGGCAAGAGCGGGAGUAGGAGUAGGAGGGGGAGGGGAGGGGGAGGGGGAGGAGGAGGAGGAGGGGGAGGAGGAGGAUUGCAGGGAGAGGAUGUGCGGAGGGGAGGAGGGGCGGCAGGGAGGUAUGCGCCAGCUGGCGCGUCGCUGCUGAGGCGGCACAGCACGACCAACCGACGCCGCCCGGCCAUGCGGUCCCUGGACGAGAGGGAGGAGGACGGGGAGAUGACGGACUAUAGAGGUGACUAUGGGAGGGGUGAUAAUGAUUGCGGUGAUAACCGCUGGGGAGGCUACAGGGGGGGCGAGGGCCACAGCAAGCAGAGAGACGGACAGGAGGAGUAUGAUCAGUCACACCUUCCCCCCUGGAAAAGAGGCCCCGGGGCGGACCUUGUGUCGGGUUCAGGCACAGGGUUAGGGUUGGGGCCGCCCUUGGUGUCCAGGUGGCAAGGGAUAGCAGAUGGUGGGCGGGA